AUGAACAAGCUAAGUAGCUCUUUCUUAAACCCCUUAAAACCCCAAACCCAGCUCACACCUACUGCCACCACCACCACCCGAGCUUUCAACGCCAUCAUCAACCGUCUCUCAUCUCAACGCUCUCACCAUGAAGUCCUUGCCGCAUUCUCCUCUAUGCUCAAAGCCCACAUUCCUCCAGAUACCCACACCUUCCCUAGUCUACUCAAAGCCUGCACCUCCCUAAACCUCUUUGGUCAUGGCGUCUCACUACACCAACGCGUUGUGGUUAAUGGGUUUUUCUCAGAUGCUUAUAUUGCCUCUUCAUUGAUCAACCUCUAUGCGAAACUUGGUCAUGUCCAGAAUGCACGGAAGGUGUUCGACACAAUGCCUGAGAGAAAAAACGUUGUUCCUUGGACUUCCAUUAUCGGAUGCUAUUCGCGUGCCGGAAGUGUUGAGGUUGCGUUUGGUAUGUUUAGUGAGAUGCGGCAUGACGGAAUUCAUCCCAGUUCGGUUACUCUGCUCAGCUUGCUGUCUGGAGCUUCGGAAGUUGCCCAUGUGCAGUGUUUGCAUGGUUGUGCUGUGGUGUAUGGUUUUGAGUCUGAUAUGUGUUUGGUGAAUUCCAUGUUGAAUGUGUAUUGUAAAUGCGGGAGAGUUGAAGAUGGGAGGGAUUUGUUUGAGUAUAUGAAUGGAAGAGACACUGUUUCAUGGAACUCGUUGAUUUCAGGCUAUGCGCAGAGUGGAGAUGUUAGAGAAGUCUUUCAGCUUUUAUAUAAGAUGAGGGUUGAAGGUGUGGUACCUGAUAAGCAGACUUAUGCGUCUGUGGCUGCAACACAGAGUGAUGUUAGAUUGGGGAAGUCUGUGCAUGGACAGAUUUUAAGAUCAGGAUUUGAAGUGGAUUCCCAUGUCGAAACAGCGGUUAUAGUUAUGUACUUGAAGUGCGGGAAUGUUGAUCUUGCGUUUCGGAUAUUUGAAAGGACAAUGCAUAAGGAUGUGAUUCUGUGGACGGCUAUGAUCUCAGGGCUUGCGCAGAAUGAUUCUGCAGACAGGGCCCUAAUGGUUUUCUGUCAGAUGUUGGAAUCCAGAACAGAACCUUCUAGUGCCACCAUAGCUAGUGCACUUGCAGCUUGUGCGCAACUGGGAUCUUUUGAGCUAGGAACCUCUAUUCACGGUUAUGUGUUGAGGCAAGGAAUGAGACUUGACAUUCCUGCCCAAAACUCCCUUGUUACCAUGUAUGCAAAGUGUGCACGUUUGGAUCAAAGUCGUGCUGCUUUCCAAAGUAUGAGCAAAAGAGAUUUGGUUUCUUGGAAUGCUAUAGUUGCUGGAUAUGCUCAAAAUGGUCAUCUGGGCGAGGCUCUGGUUCUUUUCUCUGAGAUGAGGGCAACCCUGCAGAAGCCUGAUUCAUUAACUGUGGUCUCCCUUCUCCAAGCUUGUGCUUCCACUGGAGCGCUCCAUCAAGGAAAGUGGAUCCACAGCUUCAUUAUUAGAAGUUGUCUCAGACCAUGCAUCUUGGUAGACACAGCCCUGAUUGACAUGUACUCUAAAUGCGGUGACAUGGAUAAAGCGCACAGGUGCUUUGUUGAAAUGUCUGAACAGGAUCUGGUGUCAUGGAGCACCAUUAUUUCUGGUUAUGGUUGUCAUGGCAAAGCAGACACUGCUUUGGAGUUGUAUGCAGAGCUUCUGCAGACUGGAAUCAAACCAAAUUAUGUCAUUUUCCUCUCAAUUCUUUCAGCUUGUAGUCAUAAUGGUCUUGUUGAGAAGGGUUUGAGCAUAUACCAGUCGAUGACUGAAGAUUUUGGUAUUGCACCAAGCCUUGAACAUCGAGCUUGCAUUGUUGAUCUUCUCAGUCGAGCUGGAAAGGUGGAAGAGGCAUAUGAUUUCUACAAGAGGGUGUUUCCAGAACCUGCUGUUGAUGUUCUUGGUAUACUUCUCGAUGCCUGUCGAACCAAGGGCAAUGUGGUUCUCGGGGACAUUAUCGCAGGAGAAAUUUUUAGGCUAAAACCUGCGGAUGCUGGAAACUACGUGCAAUUGGCGCAUACCUUUGCUUCGAUGAACAGAUGGGACGACGUUGGUGAAGCAUGGAACCAAAUGAAGGCUCUUGGCUUGAAAAAACUCCCUGGUUGGAGUUUUAUCGAGUUACAUGGGACUAUCACUACAUUCUUUACUGAUCACAAUUCAAAUCCUCAAAUUGAUGAUAUAGUGUCACUAUUGAAAAUUUUAGGCAAUGAAAUGAGGAAAUCAAGCCUCCGCAAUUGGGACGGCGUUGAAUAA